AUGAAAUUCUCUUGUCUGCAUUUCAACUGGAUUUUGUUAAUAUUCUUUCACGGAAUACUUCUUUUGAAAUCUGCAAGAAUUCAUGCUUUUGCAGAUGAGUCUGAUCGCCUGGCAUUGCUCGACUUCAAGAAUCGGAUUACUGAAGACCCACUUCAAAUCAUGAGCUCAUGGAAUGAGUCCACCCAUUUUUGCAACUGGUUUGGUGUUUCAUGCAGCCCCUCCAGUAAAAGAGUCAUGGUUCUGAAACUGAAAGGUCAAAGAUUGGGUGGCACCAUAACACCUUCUAUGGGAAAUCUUACUUACCUUACUGGAAUCAACUUGAGAAAUAACAGCAUCUAUGGUGAAAUUCCUCAAGAAUUGGGAAGACUACAGCGUCUGCAGCAUCUCAACUUGAGUUUCAAUUCCAUUGGUGGGAGCCUUCCGACUAAUCUAAGUCACUGUACACUGCCAUUUGAAGUGGGUAACUUAGAAAAUCUUGGUGUUUUAGAUCUGUCUGAGAAUAGAUUAUAUGGUGAAAUCCCUGCUUCCCUUGGUAGUUGUACUAGUUUGGUGAAUUUGUAUUUGGAGGGUAAUUCAUUUGAAGUAGCUAUUCCUCCAUAUUUGAAAACACUAAGAGGUUUAGAUGAAAUUGAUCUUUCUCGCAAUAACUUGUCAGGACAGAUUCCUGAAUUUUUCAGCAAGUUUUUGUCACUUAAGCUUCUUAAUCUUUCUCAUAAUGAUCUCGAGGGAAAAGUGCCAAGUGGAGGGAUUUUUUUGAAUGUAAGUGCAAUUUCAAUAUUUGGAAAUGACAAGUUAUGUGGUGGCAUCCCAGAAUUACUUUUACCAAAGUGCUAUAGAAAGAGUCAACGUCCAUCUAUGAAACACCUUGCACUUAAAGUUGUAAUACCAGUCAUGUUGUCCAUGCCCUGCUCAGAUGCCUCUGAAGCUGCUGGUCCAAGCUCUUCAGAUCUAUCUGAUCCAGGCAGCGGGCGCAAGAGGAAUGAAAAUGAGAAAGAAGAAAAUUUCGUGUCCACGGGUAGCUCAUUUAAUAACCGAGUCGCGCACGAGCCGAGCCCAAGCGAGCUCACGGGUAGCUUUGCUUCGUUUACAUCCCUAUCCUUAAAGGAUUGGCGAUUGGCAUGUAUAUCUUAUGCAGAACUCCAAGCAUCAACUAAUUAUUUCUCUGUGGACAAUUUGAUCGGUUCAGGUAGUUUUGGUUCUGUAUACAAAGGAGUUCUUUCUAGCAAUGGAGCAAUUGUUGCAGUUAAAGUGUUAAACCUACAACAACGAGGAGCUUCCAAGAGUUUCAUUGAUGAAUGCAAUGCUUUGAAAAGUUUACGCCAUCGUAAUCUUCUUAAGAUUAUCACUGUUUGCUCAAGCAUUGAUCAUCAAGGGAACGACUUUAAAAGUCUAGUGUUUGAGUUCAUGUCUAAUGGAAGCCUAGACCAGUGGCUGCAUCCUUUAAAGGAUGGACAACAUCAAUGUAAGAGAUUGAGCUUUAUUCAGAGAAUAGACAUAGCCAUUGAUGUUGCUUAUGCAUUGGAAUAUCUUCAUCUUCAUUGUGAAACGCCAAUUGUUCACUGUGAUAUAAAGCCAUGUAAUGUCCUCCUUAAUGAAGAUAUGGUAGCACAUUAUGGGAUGGGUGGCCAAGUUUCUGUACUUGGAGAUAUUUACAGCUAUGGGAUACUCUUGCUGGAGAUGUUCACUGGGAAAAGACCUACCGAUGACAUGUUCAAAGAUGCCCUGAGCAUUCACAAGUUCAUUGCAAUGGCUUUGCCGGAACGUGUCAUGGAUAUAGUGGACUCGUCAAUACCUUUUGAAGAAGGUGAAGAAGAUGUUGAUGAUGAGACAAAUAACGAUGACAUAGAAGUUGAUGAUCAUUUCGUUGCCGGAAGUAGAGUUAAGGACUGUUGUGCUGCAGAUUGGACUGUUGGACUCUGCAACAUCUCCUCAUGA